AUGGAUUCUUCUCGAACUAUCUCUGAGUUGAAAUCAGCCUUUAUUUGGAGCCAAGUCCGCAUCUUCUCUGAAAGUCUCAAUUUAACGGAAGACUGGCGAAAUUAUGCUGCUGAAACCACUGAGGAUGAUCUGAGUGAUAAGGUCAUUGAAGAUGUUCUACACAAAUUAAACGCUGCUGCUAAGCAACACAAUCGGGUCGUUUAUUCCUCCCAAGCGAUACACCAUGUUGCCCAACAGAUUGCCAACUUGUACUUGUCGUCUGUCAGCCAAGAAGCACGCAGUCGAGAUGCGUUCUCCCGAGGUAUCGAGAAGACCACAGAUCUUUCAAGGCAGAUGAACAUCACGAAGCUGCCUGUCGACUUGGAAUACCAGGAAGCAACUGACGAGGAGCAUGCAAGAUACCGACAGCUCCGUGAACGUCUCACAAAUCUCGACAAUCAACGGCAGUCAAGGCAACGACGACUUGAUCAGUUGCAGCAACUCCGGCGCUUACUUGAGCCAUUUGAAAAUCCGCAAAAGGAUAUACAACCAAAUCUAAUCACGAAGGAUGGAGAGCUUGUUCGAGAAUUGGAGAAAAUGCGCAUGCUAGUCGCUCGAGUUGGAGGCCGGAUUGCACAACAGAAAACAAGCAGCGGUGGCCCCGAAACCCACGAAUACUCCCUCCCAGGCUCCGACCAGCGAUUGGAAGCCUUGCUGAAUAUGCCUUGA